AUGUCACUCACGGCAUCUCAAAAAAAAAAAAAAGAGUUUCUUCUCUUACCUGUAAGCUAUCUUUUGCGUGAACACGAGGAAGAACUCUGUAUUCUUGGCACAAAUUCAAGCACGUCUCAACACUUUCCGGGGAGACAAAAUCGAGUCUCAUUUCAAUUUUCAUCUUGUGUAUGUAUAUAUUAUGCUUAUUUAAAUUUGAGAGGGGUUAGCAAAAUCGGGAUCAUUUUUUUUAUUCCAGGAUACAUCGACGGUCUAGCAGAUGCUGUGGAGCAAGGUCUCGUGAAAGCUGUUGGAGUAUCAAACUACAGUGAGAAGCGUCUUCGUGAGACAUAUGAUCAACUGAAAAAGAGAGGUAUACGUUUGGCUUCAAACCAAGUAAACUACAGUCUGAUAUAUCGACUCCCCGAGGAAAACGGUGUCAAAUCGACCUGUGAUGAACUCGGUAUCACCUUAAUUGCAUAUUCGCGACUUGCUCAAGGUGCACUUACGGGGAAGUAUACUCCAAGUAACACUCCGACCGGUCCUAGAGGAAGUAUUUACACCCCCGAAUUCAUGACUAAACUACAACCUCUAAUAAACCGGAUAAAGGAGAUUGGAGAAGGCUACGGCAAAACCCCAACUCAGGUUGUCUUAAACUGGCUCGUUGCUCAAGAAAACGUGGUCCCAAUCCCGGGGGCCCGCAAUGCGGAACAAGCUCAAGAAUUCGCCGGUGCGGUGGGAUGGAAACUUAGCAACGACGAAGUCGAAGAGCUGAGAUCAAUGGCAUCACAAGUAAAACCAGUCGUUGGUUUUCCAGUUGAGAAGUUAUAAAGUUUAUACAAAGCCUUUAUAAAAUAGUAUGAAUUAUUUACAACUCAGGUAUAUGUUGGUAUAUUGU